AUGUUGCUUCUCUCUCCAGUCAUAAUUUGGCCCUUGCUCUUGUUGUUCGUAGGCAUAAUCAUCCUGCGGCGCCUUCGCUCACCACUUGCCAGCGUGCCAGGGCCGUGGUAUACCCUGUUCACGUCCCUACCGCUCAAAUGGCACGAGUUCAACGCCAACCGCACGCGGCACAUCCACGCCAUGCACCUGCGCUACGGGCCGGCAGUGCGCAUUGCGCCGGGGGAGGUGGCCUUCAGCUCCGCCGCGGCGGUCAAGGAGAUCUACUGCUCGGGCGGCAGCGGGUACGACAAGACCGAGUUCUACAACCUGUUCACGGUGUACGGGCGCCGGACCAUGUUCAGCACUCUCAACAAGGAAGACCACGCGCGGCGGAAGCGCGUGCUGGCGGACCGGUACGCCAACAGCAACGUCAUGAAGCCCGAGAGCCUGGGCGGCAUCGAGGAGCGCAGCGGGCGGCUGCUGGCGCUGGCGAGGCGGAGCGCCGCCGGCGGGAGUUUGGACUUGUACAUCAGCCUGCACUCGUACGCGUUCGACUGCGCCUCGCACCACCUGUUCCACCCCUUCGGCGCGGACUCGCUGCAGAGCCGCGAGGACGAGAGCAUCAUGCGGGAGGUCACGUUCGACUCGUCGCUGCAGAACCGCCUGGUCAGGUACUACAGCCCCGCGGCGCACCGCGCCAUGGGGAGCGUGCUGAGGCUGUUCGGCGCGGCGCCGAGGGAGACGCCGCUCGCGGACAAGUUCGUGCUCGACAACAGCGUCAGGGGCCACGACGCGAGGAGCUUCACGCUCCUCAGCAGGCUGAGCGACAAGGCCUGGGACCUGGAGAGCCUGAGCAUCGCCGCCGAGUGCCUGGACCACAUGGCCGCCGGGAUCGACAUCACCGGGGAUGCGUUGUGCUUCCUAAUGUGGGAGCUGAGCCAGCCGCGCUCUCUACGGCUCCAGGAGAGGCUGAGGGAGGAGCUCCGGGGUGCGAGUGCUGCCGAGGGGUGGGAUAAGCUCCCGUUCCUGGACGCUGUGGUCAUGGAGGGGCUUAGGUGCUUCCCUGCCAUUCCGAUGUCCUUGCCUCGCUAUGUACCGACGGGCGGGAGGAUGAUCGACGGGCACUUCGUCCCGGAACGAACAAUUGUCAGCUGCCAAGCUUACUCGGUCCACCGCAUCGACGAGACGGUGUUCCCAGCGCCGGAGGUGUUUGACCCGGAGAGAUGGCUUGUGAGAGAAGGCGAUGCGGAGAGGAGGAGGGCGUUUUUUGCCUUCGCGAACGGCGGACGGGGCUGUGUGGGCAAGCAUCUCGCUCUGGCCGAGAUGAAGAUCCUGUUGAGGGAUGUGUACUCCGAAUUCAGCACUGUUCCAGACCAGAGCAUGUCUGCCGCGGAGAUGGAGAUGGAUGACCAGCUGAUUUCGUCGAGACCGGCUGGGCAGAGGUGUUUGUUGCGAUUCAUCCCUGAUGAUUCCAGUAAGGAAACAUAG